AUGGCCGACCUUCCUUCACUAUCGACGAUCCCUUCGCUACCUCGGGAAGCCCAACUUCGGGUACUCGAUACGCUAUUUGAGCCAUCACCAGAGCUCCACCAGUUGAUGAUCCCCGUACUGGCCCAGACCUUCCCUUCCUACACGGCGCUCAUCGACGCGGUAGGGGGUCGCAUGUCUGCACUCUCCGCCCCAAAUUCCCCGACAGACCGAAACGUGCUUUUUGGCAUUCUUGGCUCGCACCCGCGGCUUGGCCGGGCCCCAGCCAAUCCGGAGCAUUUGAGCGAGCUGAGCAAGAAGGAACAGGCCCAAUUAAACACCGGUGCAGAGGAACAGGCGGAAAAAUUAAGCGCAUUGAAUGUGGAAUACGAGCAGAGAUUCCCUGGCUUGCGCUUUGUUACGUUUGUCAACGGCCGGAGUCGUGACUUGAUCAUGGUGGAAAUGCGCCAACGUAUCGAACGUGGCGAUGAGGCGCGUGAGAUUACAGAGACGAUCCAGGGCAUGUGUGACAUUGCCAAAGACCGCGCGAGAAAGCUGCAGUCGCGCAUUUAA